AUGCAAGAUCUUCGCCGUGCCAUUUUGAUCUUCUACUUCCUCGUCUGCCGUCGAACGGCGCGUACGGCUUGGAUAACGCGACCACCAUCGACCAAGGGCGAGCCGAGAUUUGCCGGCUACUUCAAUGAGCUGGCGGCGGCGAUUAGUCUAAAGAGGCUCCGGAGUGUGAACAAGACAGCGCUCGAGCGAAGAUUAACCAACAUCGAAUGGCAGAAGAGGUUUCGGGAGCAACAGAAGGAGAACGGUAGGGACAUCCACCUGUUAAGUGACGAUCAAGUCCCCUCGAAUCCCGACGCCCUGCCCGAAUCCACCCAGCCAAAACUCACCAUCAAGGCAAGAAUUUCUGAGGUCAAGGUCGUGGAUAUGGAGCCUUUAUCCAAAGCCAACUUCAAAGCUGUUAUUGGUGUUCUAAACUCUGCACACCGGAAGCAGGACUUUGACACCAAGUUGGCUCAGAUUCAGAGGACGAUUACUCAUGCCGACAGGUUCCUUCCAGACAGCGAAAUCAACGAUUUCAACAGAAGCCAGGAGGAGUCUGAAAUCAUCUCUGAGUUUCGGUUUGCAAACCCCGAUAAAGCAGCAGAGUUAAUAAAGCUCAGUCGUCGGCAGUACGCUGUGGGGAGUGUGUUAUCCUCGCUUCAGCAAGAACCGACUAAAGAAGAACGCUAUAACAUGGAAAUGGAGACUCGAGACGAAUCGGAUAAUGAUCGCGUCGCCCUUAUUUCAACCUACCCAACCUGGUCCAGCCGCGCGGUUCUGAAGCGAGAGCGACUAUUUGCCUUCAAGGCUGGCAAAGCCCCCGAAUCGGUCAUGAAACAACAAACGAAGGCUAGAGACAGUUCUGAAACCCAGGAUGAGGAUGUCGAGGAUGUCGAGGAUGUCGAGGAUGAGCAGGAGGAGGAGCUUAGUUUCCCCAGUUUGCCCAACUUGAGGAAGUUUUCAGGAAGUCCAACGGCAGCUGUCGUCUUUGGAUGGUUAACCCUGUCAUCUUCGGCGCCGCUGGUGAAGCUUCAAGUUCGCCGUAUCAUGAGAACACCACUGCAAUUGUCGGAUGGAAAAGUGUCCUACCCUGCUCAGCAUCUGCUUCCGUCCAUGAUUGUACUUGAAGAAGUAUCACACGACGAGACGAAAGGGGUUGCUGACGCGGUUCGAUCGAUGGGACAGAUCCAAGUACAGAAGUUGUUCAAUCAGAAGAAGGAUUCCGAGAUUGAAGAUAUGCAUAGAAGUAGCAACUCUCAGGCUAUCAAUGGCCUCGUCAAGGAUCUUCUUCCAAAGCUGAACUUUGGAGAGCACAGAAAAGGCGUCCUUACUUCAUUUGAUUGGCGUAACUACAAGAUCUUGUACACAGACAACCCGGUCAUGUUUGGGCCGGAAGAUGCUGUCAACAAGCGCAUCGAGGACUUAGGAGAUCCCAACACGGUGCGGACAAAUUCGCAGAUGGAACGAGAGAAUAAGAAGCAGGCGGCGAAAUCGCCACCGGUGGCCAGUGUCGAUAAGGUUGAAGAACCUCUUCGCAACGACAUCUUUGGGCUCAGCUUCUUCUUUCAUCAGACAAACAGCGAUGCAUCCUUUCUUUCACCGGGCGACCGUAGCUCCUAUAUCCACUGA